AUGACCUCCUUUCAGCCUCUGCAUAUUCUGGCCUUUGGCGCCACCGGCAACAUCGGAAAACACAUCGUCAACCAACUCAUACGUGCCAACCCCCCGUUUCCCAAAAUCUCAAUCUUUACCUCUGCAAACACCGUCUUGAAUAAGCCUGAACUUUUGUCUAGAUGGAAAGAUGCAGGCGUAUCGGUCAUCGUGGGCGACAUCACCAACUCGGCAGACGUGAAGAACGCGUAUCAGGGCGUCGACACUGCCAUCAGCUGUCUUGGCCGAGGGGCUCUUGAGCAUCAAUUUCAGCUCAUCAAGUUAGCAGACGAAUCCGACACCGUCCGAUGGUUUUUCCCGUCAGAGUACGGGACAGAUCCAGACCAUGACCCCAGUAGUGCUCACGAGAAGCCUCACCAAGUGAAGCGAAGAGUGCGCAAGGCAUUCGCUGAAGAAGUGAAGAACCUCAAGCCAACGUUCCUUGUUGUGGGACCUUACAUUGAGAUGUGGGUUGAUGGUGGCCCGCUGAAGGAUGCAUUUGGCGGAAUUGACGUGGAGAAGAAGGAGGCCGCUCUGCUUGGAGAUGGGGAGCAGCCUAUUGGCUUCACGGCAAUGGAAGACGUGGGCAAGGCCGUGGUUGCAGCGCUCCAGCGGCCCGAAGUCUCGUACGGCAAAAUUCUCAAGAUUGCUUCAUUCACGAAAUCAGCGAGACAAGUCUUGGCCGAAUUUGAGAAGCAAGUUGGCCACAAAUUCGACGUCAAGCACAUUCCGCUGGACGAUGCCAAGAGGCUCGAGAAGCAGUAUUGGGACGAGGGCAAUCCGUUGGCAGUUGUCGGCACGCUGCGCAGGAUUUGGGCCACUGGCGGCGCGGUUUAUGAGAAACUGGACAACGAAGAUCUGGGAUUGCAUCCGGAUCAGCUGCAAUCCCUGGAGGCUGCGGUGCGAAACCGCCUGAAUCACGUCGCUUUCUAG